AUAGGUCACCAUUUCGACGCCCGUGGACGAAACAUAAAGGAAGAGGGCGUUUAUGGCUCGGCUGCGUCGAAGCGAUUAGAAGGCAAAUCUGUGUAUUUCAUUUGAAAUGCACGACUAUGUUUUGUUCUUGUUUCUCUCUGGUAUACGAGACCAGCUCUUUGCGUGAUGUCUAAACUUCCUCACGUCCAAUUCACUGGAACUUCUUAUCUCAUCCUUUGUCAGCUACGUCAUGAUGGGACGUGCGUUAGCAGCAUCGUUCUUCUCACAACACAGCAAAGACAGCCCCGGCAAAGUUUUCUUUGAACCCACACCUACGGUUGAUUGAUCUGUGCCGAAUGCCAAACUGAGGCAUUAAGCUUUACUGUCAUGGAUCCAUUUAAAUGUAUCGUGACGUUACUCAGCUUAAGCUUAGUCUUAGCUGUACCCCAAGGUAUAUUCGAUGACAUGGAUGCGGAGAUGGACUUAUUAGGACUUCAACAAGAUCAAAGUGGCCUGAAAGGCAGAAAAGUCGAAGCGCCACAGAAAGCAGAAAGGGCCUUUACUGUCGGUCAGUCUUUGGGCAAGGGUGUAAGCCAAGGUGUAGGCCUAGCUCAGGGAUUAGGUAAGGGAAUCAAGAGUGCCAUUGGAAAUUUGUUUGGAGGAGGACCCAAACGGUGUGAUCCAGCACGUCCGCAUACUCCGCAUCCCAGCGAUUGCUACAUCUUUUAUCAUUGCGUCGAUCGACUCAACGGGAUUGAGCAAGUAGAAAAGACCUGCAAUCCGCCGACCAUGUUCAACCCUGAUACAAUGAUUUGUGACUGGCCGGAAUCGGUAAUGAAAGUCCGCCCGGAAUGUGCAUUUUUAGAUACUGCAGCACAGGUUCCACAACGAUCUACGGGAUUGAAAUCUCCUAGCAAACUCACUCCCAACAAACCGGGGGCGAUCUACUUCAAAGGAGGUUGCACGGAAAGGCCUCCAACGCCUGCCAAUGCAAAUGUCAAAUGCUCACCUAAUAGUGGUAACUGCGACGUCAAGUGCUUGGAAGACUUCUCUUUCCCCGAUAAAUCUACCCAAAUGCAAAUCAAAUGUGAAGCACCUGGUGUCUGGAAGGUGACUAACUGGGACACUAUGCCUGAUUGUGAACCUAUCUGCAUGCCUCCUUGCCAAAAUUUGGGCUUCUGCAUUGCACCGGGUGUCUGUAACUGUCCAGACAAUUUCGAAGGAUCGGAAUGUCAGAUCGCCAAAAGUAAACCUUGUCUCGAUAAGCCGCCUACUCCGAUGAAUUCGCGGGUUGUUUGCAACGAAAAAGAGUGCAUUUCGACCUGCAAUAGAGGUUUCACCUUCCCAGGAGGUAGCAAGAAACUUACCAUGGUAUGUGACGCUGGAAAUUGGGUCCAACGUCAGCAACCACCAGGAACGUUUCAGAAAGUUCCCGACUGCCAGCCUGUAUGCGACCCAGCCUGCGCUAACGGAGGCCGAUGUUUGCCCAAUAACUUUUGUGAGUGUCCCCAAGAGUUUCGAGGACCACAAUGCAAUUAUCCUGUGGAGAAUUGUGCCCCCGAGCGAAUGAACUUUAACGGUGGCUAUAAUUGCUCCGGCGGAAGUGCUUCGUUUAGCUGCUCCCUUAACUGUGGUGCGGAUGGGGUUUUCGAAUUCCCACCAGCUCCUCGCUACACUUGCGAAUAUGCCAAGGCUCAGUUUAUUCCUGAUCCUAUACCUCAGUGCAUCUUCGCAAGUCAACAAGUCCAAUACUUUAAAUCGAAUUCGACGAGCCAUUCUCAAAUGCUGAUCGAGCAAAAGUCAGAAUUGGAAUGGAAUGGUCAACAAACAGUGAAAGAAGAGACGGAAUGGUCGUUGGUACCGACUCAAGUAGUAUGGGGCAAAAAAGAAUAUGAAAAGUAUUUUGAAAAUUUCUUCUCCGGCGGCACCGAUGGCGAAUACGUCAUCACCAUUCCCGAGGAUUCCCUCAUCAGGGAAACCUCUGCCAAACCCGGAACCUGUUUGGCUUGGGGAGGGGCUCACUUCAAGACCUUUGAUGGUAAAGUGUACAGCGUUCAAAGCGAUUGCAGUUACGUGAUGCUACGCGACGCCGUAGCUUCCACUUUCAGUGUCAUUUACGGUGUUCAAAAAUGCACUUCUAAAUCAAAUUGCAAACGCUUCGUCAAUAUCCUCGUCGAAGAUUUCACCUACGAAAUCGAUACCAACGCAAAUGGUGAGCCCUAUGUUCGGAAAGGCGAGCAAUCCAUGACACUUCCGAACCAAAUCGACGGUCUUCUCUUCGAACGGGUAGCCAGCUUCGUGAUUGUUCAAGCCGAAGGACUAGGAUUUACCGUGAAAUGGGAUACGAAGGCGACUGUCACUAUCGAUGUGAACCAUGCGCUGUGGAACAGGACAGCCGGCCUGUGUGGCCGUAUCAAUGGAAUGUGGGUGGAUGACUUUGAAAAUCGCGACGGCACUCGGAGUUCUAGCCUCCUCGGUUUUGUCAACAGCUGGGAAGCCAGCGGUUUGACAGAACAAUGCCAGAGCAAUCCGAACGAGAAGCACGCUUGCAAAUGGGACACACCGGAAGAUCAACAGGUGUCUAAUGAAGCCACCCAGUUGUGCGAGCAUCUCCUCAAAGAUGAGAAAUUUGAGAAAUGUCGCAAGGUAGUGGACCCCAGAUCGUAUUACGAGGCAUGUCGAUGGGAUUAUUGUCAGUGUGCCAAUACGAAUCGAGAGGAUUGCGCUUGUUCCGCUUUGGAAACCUACUUCCACGAAUGCCUGCGACACAACAUCGAGUUGCCGGACGGUUGGAGGAGUCCUAGUCUGUGUCCCAUCAAUUGCGACAACGGUCGGGUCUACCAAAUGUGCGGUCCAAUCAGCGAUGAAACGUGCUCCGGUCCCGUUACCGCCGAGCCCGUCCGACCGACAGAUUUGUGUGUCGAGGGAUGUUAUUGUCCCAAAGGCUCUGCUCUCCACAAGGAUCAUUGCAUCUCUCGUUCGCAAUGCCCGUGCACGUUGCGCCAGAAGAUGUACCAACCCGGUGAACAAGUGCCUAAUGACUGCAACACUUGCACAUGCGUAGCUGGCGAAUGGCAGUGCACCGACGUCCGUUGCGGAUCCCGCUGCGCCGUUCUGGGAGAUCCUCACUACACGACGUUCGAUGGCCAUCAUUAUGACUUCAUGGGCAAGUGCUCAUACUAUCUAAUGAAAGGUGACAACUACAGCAUCGAGGCAGAAAAUGUACCUUGCUCCGGAGCUAUAUCUCAGGCCAUGAAUUAUCCUGUCAAGAGCCUCUCUUCUGUCCCGUCGUGCACGAAAACGGUGACCAUAAGAACGGAUGGUGGAGACGUCAUCAAACUGAAGCAGGAUCGAGAGGUUACUGUCAACGGUGAAGAGGUCGUUUUGCAGCCAUCCGUUUGGAUUGAUGGCGUCAUCAUCCGACACGCCUCGUCCACUUUUCUGGCUGUGGAACUGCCGAACGGAUUGGAAAUCUGGUGGGAUGGUUUGAGCAGAGUCUACAUUGAUGCACCGCCUACUUUCUUUGGCACAACAAAGGGUUUAUGCGGAACAUUUAAUGAGAACCAGCGAGACGAUAUGACGACGCCAGAAGGCGACGUCGAACAAUCGGUGGCGGCCUUCGCAAACUCGUGGAAAACGAAAGAAGUGUGCCAGGACGCGUCGGUCGAUCUGGAGCCGACGCAUCCGUGCGAACUCAACGGGCACGUAAAGGCACAAACAGAGCGACAAUGUGCCAAAAUCAAGGAUGCCAUUUUCGAACCUUGUCACCAGGUGGUCGAUCCGGAACCUUAUUAUCGCGAUUGCUUGUACGAUGUGUGUGCGUGCCAGGUGAAAUUAGGAGAAUGCCUCUGCCCGAUGAUUGCUUCUUACGCUAAAGAGUGUUCUCAGAAGGGGGUUCUCGUCGACUGGAUCCCCGAAGUGCGAGAAUGCGGCGUACAUUGCAGAGGUGGGCAAACGUAUCAGGUGUGCGCCAACAGUUGCGCGCGGACGUGCUACGAUAUCGCAGUCUACCCUAAAUGCCGCCGUAAGUGCGUCGAAGGAUGUAACUGCCCCGAAGGCCAGGCUCUGGACGCGUUUGGUCAAUGCGUUCCCAUCCACGAAUGUCCGUGCAUCCAUAAAGGAAUAGAAUAUCAACCCGGUCAUAAAGAACUCAGACCAGGAGCUCGUUCACCAGAUCUAUGUACUUGCAUUUCGGCCCGCUGGCACUGUCAGACCGCUACGCCGGAAGAACGGGAUCUCUUAGCUAAUGUGACCUUAAAGACGCAGAUGGAAUGCCGAGCAUCGCAUAACGAGGAAUACACCCCAUGUGAACCGGAACACCAACUUACGUGCAAGACUAUGAACGAGCAGGUUUCAAUGAAAAAGCCGGUUGAAUGUCGGCCCGGCUGUCAGUGCAAAAAAGGAUAUGUUUUCGACCCGACCAGCAAAACCUGUAUCAAACCGAGUGAAUGUCCAUGUCAUCACGCCGGACGCAGCUACGGUGAAAAUAACCUGAUCACCCAGGAUUGCAACACUUGUACUUGUCAUUCGGGCAAAUGGGAAUGCACCAAAAAUCGAUGCCCGGGGAUAUGCUCCAACUGGGGCGAGUCACACUACAAGACAUUCGAUGGCAAACAGUACGAUUUCCAUGGCAAUUGCGAUUACAUGAUGGCCAAAGGAGCCGCAACUGAACCUCACGAGAAAUUCCACGUCACCGUUCAGAGCGUUCCUUGCGGGAGCAGCGGAGUUGCGUGUUCAAAAUCCGUCACGCUACGUCUUGGCUCAGCCGAUGCCGGCGAAGAAAGUAUCACGUUGACCCGCCACAAGAAAAUACCCAUAGGGAAAUUUUCUGAACGGAUUCUUGUACGCGAAGCUGGUCUUUUUAUAUUCAUCGAAGUUGCUGAUUUGGGUCUCGUCCUGCAAUGGGAUCACGGCACUCGCAUUUACUUGCGGUUGGACCCCAAGUGGAAAGGUCGAGUUCGCGGCUUGUGCGGCAAUUUCAACGACAAUGCUCUUGAUGAUUUCCAGUCACCCUCCGGUGGCAUAACGGAAAUUGAUGCUCGCGUUUUCGGUGACUCUUGGCGCUUGCAGAAAUACUGCCCUGAAACGCCGAGUGAUUACAUUGAUACCUGCACUCUUCAUCCACAUCGCAAAGUCUGGGCGGUGAUGAAAUGCAGUUUGUUAAAGUCAGCCAUCUUUGAAAAGUGUCACGCCGAGGUGCCUGUUGAAUACUACGUCGAAAAAUGCGUGCUGGAUUCAUGCGGAUGCGAUAUGGGUGGCGAUUGCGAAUGCUUGUGCACGUCUUUCGCCGCGUACGCUCACGAGUGUAACGCGCAUGGUAUCGCCAUUAAGUGGCGAUCGCAAGAGCUUUGUCCUCUUCAGUGCAAUGAGGAAUGCGCAUCCUACACUCCUUGUAUGAGUUCAUGCCCGGUAGUCACUUGCGAUAACCCACUUGGCUCAUCUUCGCUUUGUGCGGCCGAUUCCUGUGUCGAAGGAUGUCAGCCAAGAGAUUGCCCUAAAGGGCAAAUUCACCGAUCGGCCAACGAGCUAUCUUGCAUGCCGAUAUCCGAUUGCGCUUCGGCACUUUGUAUGGUGAUCGACGGUGUAAUGUAUGCCGAGGGCGACGUAAUUGAACGAGACGCUUGCCACGCCUGCUAUUGUUCCAAAGGGAAAAGAGUUUGUCAAGGCCAACCUUGUUAUGUUCCAACUACAACAGUUCCACCCGUGACCCGAACUCCUGUUCCAGUAUCUAACACGACGGUUCCUGAAAUGGGAAUUUCUGCUUGCCGGACGGGUUGGAGUGAAUGGAUCAACACACACCAUCCCAAAGAUGGUGGAAGUAGAAACGAUGUCGAACCUAUCCCUGAUAGACUCAAUCCGGGUUUGGCCAAUGCGCCCGUUUGUCAUGCUGACCAAAUGGUGGAUAUUGAAUGUCGAGCUGUUCAAUCCAAAAUCUCUCACAAGAAAACGGGGGAUAACGUCGAUUGCAAUCUCAAAUUCGGACUGGAAUGCACCCCAGGCGGCAUCAAAGGCCGCAGUCUUUGCUACGAUUACGAGAUCCGCAUCCUUUGCGAUUGCAGUGAAAUGGAAACGCGAAAACCAGUUUACGUUGAUCCGACUACAAUAGCUACCUCCAAACCAACUCCAACCCCAACCAAGCCAUUCUCUACUACGCGGAAGGCAGCAACUACACCGGUUGCCACAAAGAAACCCAUAGUUCAAGAUCGUUGCGAUCCAGCUCGACCGAAUAGCCCACAUCCUACCAGUUGUCACUUGUUUUAUCAAUGUGUAGAAAGACGGGGUGGUGUUGAACAGAUUGAAAAAACAUGCCAACCUCCCACGAUGUACAAUCCAGAUACGAUGGUUUGCGACUGGCCGGAAGCUGUUAUGCGCCUUCGUCCGGAAUGUGGAUUUACUGCUACUACUACAACCAAGAAACCUGAUACAACUGGAGCUUGCGUCGAUGGCUGGACUGAUUGGUUCAGCGUCUCCUCACCUGCCGACGGCACUGGAGAUUUUGAGGUGUACGAGAGAAUUGUUCUCCAACAUCCCAUCUGCCCGAAGUCGCACAUACGCGAUAUCGAGUGCAAAUACAUGGCCAGAGAAGCUGGAUCAAAGAAGAAGUCUGGUCAGGCCAGGAGUUUGGCUGACUAUCGAACGUCACCCGACAAGAGUGUCCAGUGUACCGUUGCAGACGGACUCAUUUGCUACAAUAGCGAUCAAGAGUCAGGACUUUGUCAGGAUUACAAGGUCCGUUUCCUGUGCCAUUGCGAAGAAGAAGACGUUCAUGUUGUCACAACACCUGAUACUCCAACUACUGUGGAAGAAACUGUUGAUGCUAUCACAACACCUGAUACCCCAACUACGGUGGAAGGAACUGUUGUCACGACCACCGAACAUCCAACUACCGAAUACUAUCACGAAUGUCCAGAGGGUUACUCCUGGAAUGACUGUGCUUAUUCUUGCAAUCAGCUUUGCUUAGCUUACGGUUAUGAGCUGAGAAAACGUGGCUACUGCAAAACAUCAGAGGGCUGCGCUCCAGGUUGCAUCGAAGACGACGAAGAUGUCCAGCAAACAUCUCGCAGUCGUGGUUGUUCCCGUGGCAAUAUGUGGCGUGACGCUCGUACCUGUGUACCAGCUCGUGAUUGCACUUGUCGCACGCCGUUCGGCAAAAUCAUCCCGCCAGGAGGAGUUGAAGAAUCAGAAGGCGCUUGCGAAGUAUGUCAAUGCCUGGACAAUGAAUACAUCUGUGAUAACUCACGAUGCAAUUACGCCUGGUCGACGCCCGCCGUUGAUGUCAGCAAGAAUCUCACAGUCGUGACGACGCCAAAACCACGACCUCCCGGACCGACGAAGACACCUACGUCUUGCUCUGCCUGGUCUGACUGGAUCAACGAGUAUCAGAAACCUGCCUGGGGAGACUACGAAUCAAAAACUCCGGAACAGUUGAAUCAAAUGGGAUUCUGUUUACACGGCAAAAUUGCAGACAUUGAAUGUCGUGACGUCAAGAAUAAUGAACUGUGGACGGAAAGUCGGGACAAAGAUUUGGUCUGCUCAUUGAAGAAGGGCUUUUCUUGCAUGCCAGCUCGUCAGGGCAAAGGUCGGCGUUGCCAGGAUUACAAGAUCCGCUAUUUUUGCGAUUGUUCUGGCGGCGAUCAGGAAAUUGACAGCACAACUACGCCAGCACCAACCACUAGCAUAAUGAUCUGGACCACUACCAGGAUUCGACCACGAACAGAUGUUUGUCUCGAUGAAGACCUGAUGCCUAUGCUUGCCGAUCAACGAGCUGUACCCGAUUCAGCUUUUAUUGCCACAACCUCAAAAAGUGGUGCCUUUGGCCCGUCUAGUGCUAGGUUCCCAGAUCCAGCCAGAUCGAAAAAGCUUCCUAAUGAUGGCAAGAAAGGUGUAAGCUGGGUAGCCGGUAAACGUGACAUGUUCCAGCAUAUCCAAGUCGACCUCGGUGCUCCCAGUUGGAUUUAUGGAUUCGAAGUUAGUGGUAAUCCCGCUGUCAACGAAUACGUCACUAGUCUAUUUGUUCUCUACAGCGAAGACAAUCAACGUUUCAGCUAUGUCCCUAACAGAAAAGGAAGACCCAAGUUAUUCCGAGGACCACUGGAACAUGACGGCCGUAAAAAGAAUAUGUUCGAUGGACCCAUCGAAGCUCGUUACAUCCGUCUCGAGCCGCAAACUUGGAAGCAUGCCAUCGCUUUGCGAUUCGAUCUCUUUGGAUGCAACACCACUAGUGAUUACGUUCACCUAGCUACGACACCGACGCCGUUGGAAGACGUGUGCAACGACCAGAUGGGAUUCGAGAACGGCGUGAUUGAUGAUCAACAAAUCACGUUGUCAUCAGUAAACGGCUCGUUCAGUCAUCCUCGCUUAGGUAGCGAAUCUGCUUGGAUGCCAGCCAUCAGUUCUCGUAAAGAGCAUAUCACAAUUGACUUCCUGGAACCUCGUAACCUCUCUGGCAUAGUAACGCAAGGUCAUGCUGAUGGUCACGCUUGGGUCGAAUCAUACGCAGUUCGUUAUUCCAGUGACGGGGAGACCUGGUUCACUGUCCUCAAUGACGACAGCACUCAGCGUGUGUUCGAUGCCAACGUGGACGGCAACACGCCUACGACAAACAUGUUUGAACGUCUCAUUCAUGCGCGGUUCUUGCAAAUUGUCCCGUGGUCAUGGCACGAGAAUAUCGCUCUACGUAUGGAUAUCCUGGGCUGUUACCAUCCCGUCACCGUGACUAUCCCGCCUACAGUUCCUCCCACAACGACUACGACGACUCCACUGCCGAAAUUCUGUCAUCCUUGUCCCAACAUUCCAGAAGAUCACUUGAAUGUUGAGCAUUGCGCUUGCCCACUUUCGCAGAAAUGGAACGGUACAGGCUGCGUUCACGCAUCGCAGUGCCCUUGUUUCGACGGUCACACCAAGUACCCCGUAGGCGCAAUCUACCAGGCUCACGACAGCUGUUCUCAAUGUGUUUGUCGAUUGGGCGGAGUCAGCGAUUGCCGGAAGCCAACGUGUCCGCCGUGCGAAUCUGGAUUGUUGAGCCAUCUUUCCGAGCACCCGAAGUGCCAGUGCUCGUGCAAGCCUUGUGAUGCUGGAACUCGUUUAUGCCAAUCGAGCAAUGUUUGCUUGACCGAGUCACUUUGGUGCAACGGUGUGGAAGACUGCCCGGAUGAUGAACGGCACUGUGUCACGACGACUCCAGGACCGGUCGAGUGUGUUUUGGCGUUUUGUGCCGAAGGUUACAUCGAAAAGGAGACCGGAUUGUUCUCGAACGAUGGAUGCCCAAUCUAUAAUUGUGCACCACCUCCUUCCAGACCUACGGGAACUCCGUGCCCAGAACCUUCGUGCCCGGCCGGAUUUAUUCUCGAACUGCAAACUGAAGACUAUGACUUACAACAAUUAGGUCAGUCUCAUCAAGAUUAUGAUCAUCUUUCUCAAAACGGACAACAACAUAUGGAUUACGACCAACUUUCACAACAAUCAAACGCUGAUCAUUUGGGACAACUCAGCCAAUCAACUGAUGAUCAGCAGUCUCAAAAUCAGCAGAGCUGCCCACCGUACAAAUGCGUACCUGAGCCUACAAAAUUUCCCCCUGUACCUGUGACGCUUCCACCUUAUAUCGAGAGGGAUGACCGUUGCUCCAUGACUGGCAAGAUGUUCAAAACCUUUGACGGAACAGAAUACUCUUACGAUAUUUGUCACCACGUAUUGAUGCGUGACAUGGCCAAUGAUCUGUGGUCCGUCUCGAUCCACGAAAAUUGUCCGGCAAAUAAAACUGGAUGCUCUCGUUCGCUGCGCAUUGAUCAUAACAACGACAUCAUCGAACUUCUGCCCGGCCUACGUGUAGGAUACAAAGGUUUCGAGUACUCGAUUCUCCAGGCGGAACAAAUUGCAUCCAUGUCACCUGAUUUCAGCAUUCACCGAGUUGGAGAUUCAAUCUUAUUCCGCUCGGAAGUCUACAAUUUCUGGAUCGUUUGGGACGUCCAUUCCAACUUCAAGGCUGGGGUGACAUCCAAAUUACUGAACCAAAUUGACGGUCUCUGCGGCUAUUACAAUCUUAAACCAUACGAUGACCAACAAACUCCGGAAGGUAAAUUAGCAAAAUCUACCAAUGAAUUUGGUGACUCGUGGUCGAUUGAAAAUGGUGAAUGCGCUCCUACCAAAUGCUCUGUUACUUCCCAAACUGCUGCCUGGGAUAAAUGUGCCUUCUUGAGGCAAGAACCUUUCACCCAAUGCCACGGGGCCGACGAAGCAGCCUUGGAUAAAGCCAUUUUCCGCUGUGUGGAUAUCAUGUGCGAUUGUAUGGGCGCCAUCAAGGACUCGGCUGUAUCCGCGACCGAAGCUGCUGAUUCCUGUGCAUGUCAGACAAUGAGCGUAAUGGCCGUCGAAUGCCAUGAUGACCAUGCAACAGUUGAUUUGACUGGCUGGCGUUCCAAAUACGACUGUUCAGUCGAUUGUGGCACGGACGGCUCGGUCUACAAGGAAUGCAACAAACAGACUUGCGAACGCAGCUGUCAAAACAACAAAAACCCACACCCCUGCCCGCCUAUGCCUGAUUUAUGCUAUCCAGGAUGUGUCUGUCCAGACGGUUUGGUUCGUCAUGGCGAUGGCAAAUGUGUUAAACCGAGCGAAUGUCGUGACUGCGUUUGCGACGGCUUUGGGGACCCCCAUUACAUUUCUUUUGACCGAAAUAAUUUCACGUUUGGUGGCAACUGCUCCUACGUGGCUGCCCGAGAUAAGCUUUCAAAAUUAGAAUCGAAAAUUGAUCACGAUUUCCAGGUUUUGGUAACUAAUUCGGAAUGUAAUGAAGAUGGAAAGACAUCGUGUACAGAGGCAGUGACAAUCCUGUACCAAGAUCACGUCAUUAACGUUCGUAACUCUGAGGUGACACAUUCGGUUAUGGCUACGAUGGAUGGUGUUCCCAUCGAGACAUUCCCGGUCCAUUUGCCGUGGGUUAGAAUUGAAAAGUUGCCAGGAGAGCAAGUCUCUGUCUUGCUAAUGGCGAUUCAGGUUGAAGUAUCUUACUACAUGUACAGUAAAGGCUUCAAAGUUCGACUUCCAUCCCAGCUCUAUCUGAAUAAAACUGAAGGUCUUUGUGGCAACUGUAAUUCGGAGCUUGGCGAUGACACGAUGAACAAUCAGGCCGGUCUAGGUUGGCUUGUCAAGAAACUACUUAGAGAACCUCCAACUGGUGAAGAGGAUCUUUGCCAGAUUGCUCCGCAGCCGGAAUGCACUCCACUCAGUCCAGAGAAUGAUCCAUGUCUCAAACUUCUGGAUAGUGAUCUUUUCAAAAUGUGCAAUGCCGUAGUUGACCCAUUGCCCUACAUCGCUGCCUGCCAAUACGAUACGUGCAAGAGCAGCGAUCCACUAGCAGCAGCUUGCCCUUCAUUCGAGUCCUACGCUCGUGAAUGCUCUCGUUACCAAGUGUGUUUGUCUUGGCGCUCGCCUCAACUCUGCCCGAUCGAAUGCCCGUCUGGUAUGGAGUAUCAACAAUGCGGUUCAGGCUGCCAAUCCAUUUGCGAGGAGGACCAAGAAUCUUCGACAUGUCCCAUGAGCGUUAAUGAUGGCUGCUACUGUCCAGAAGGCCGGGCUUUCAAUCACGCUCUUGGACGUUGCGUUCCUCAAGAUCACUGCAAACCUUGUGACACCGAAGGCCAUUACAAAGGUGAUCACUGGAAACCGGAUGCCUGCACGACUUGCUCUUGCGAUGCUGACGGACAUGUUCAAUGCGUCAAGAGAAGUUGUGCAUUGGAGGAAUGUCCACCUGACCAUCAGAGAACGAUAAUCCAGCCAGGGGAGAACGAAUGUUGCCCUACUGUCAAAUGCAUCCAGGAAGAAAAUUUAGUUACCAAAAAGCCUUGUCCUGAAGUUCCUGUACCGAGGUGUGGACAGAACCAAGUUCUACGCUUCCGGGAUAUUGAUGGCUGUCCACGCCAGGUGUGUGAAUGUAUUCCAUUCGACGAAUGCCCUCCUCUGGAUACACCUGCGGCAAAUCCUUUGGUUGGAGUCAGUUACGUAGUUAAUACCACGGGCUGCUGUCAGCAUCUGGAUCGAAUCUGCUCAUUGGACGAAUGUCCACCGAAACCUGAUUGUCCGACUUUCUAUGAAGUUGAAGUUAAGUCCAACUGGGAAGAACUUUGCUGUCCGGAGUACAACUGUGUACCACCAAAAGAUUUCUGCAUUUACGAACAUACAUACGGUCAACAGAAUGUUGAAAUCCUCACUUCAACAACGACGACAACGACAACAACAACAACAACAACGACAACACCUCAACCUAAAGGAAAACCUAGGUUGCGAGAAAAAGGCGGAGUCAAAGGCAAAAAGCGAAGCGUACAAUUCACGGUUGGCUCUAUCAUUGAGCGGUACGCAGUCAAUGCCACUUGGAGAGACGGACCAUGUCUUGAAUGUAUCUGCGUUACUGAGCCAAACAGCCCGAUUGCACGCACUAGUUGCACAGUGACCACUUGUCCCGAACCUGUCGACGACGAUUACGCCAUUAAAACGGAAGCAGUGUCAGAUAGCUGUUGUCCGCGUACCGUCCGUACAGCUUGCCGGCAAGGAUCCGAUAUUUACAAAGUUGGAGAAACAUGGCCAUCACCCAAUGGAGACCCAUGUCAUAUGUACAUCUGUUUAGAAAUGUCAGACGGUACGAUUGUUAAGCAACUCCAGAUUGAGUCAUGCCCCACCUGUCCUGCCGGAUGGGAGUACCAGGUGUCGAAUUCGUCUGUUUGCUGUGGAACUUGUCAGCAAGUCGCUUGCGUCGAUUCAGAUGGUGUCCAACAUCCGAUUGGUUCAACGUGGAAGUCGGAUUUGUGCACCCGCGUCACCUGUGUAUCGAGAGACAAUGGGUUGCAAAUGGAAAGCUUACGAGAAAACUGCGAUAAACCCACGGAUAAUGAUAGACUACUGUACAAGUAUGAAACAGUUCAACCUCUGGAUCAGUGCUGUCCCAUACAUCGCAGAGUAUCUUGCUUGCACGAUGGCAAAGAAUACCAGGUUAACGAAACUUGGUCGACAAACGAUCAGUGCGUGACUAUAAUUUGCGCCCAACAAGCUGACGGCCAAGUUGCUCGUCAAGAGGUUAUACUCUCGUGUCCUCCGCCAUCAGACUGCCUCGAGGGUUACGAGCAUGAACUUCCAGGCCCAUUGGAAUGCUGUGGUAAGUGUGUGCAAGUCGCUUGCGUCUUGAACGGAACUCUGCAUCCUAUUGGAUCAACUUGGAAUCCGGAUCCUUGCACGUUCUAUUCAUGCGUCGGCACCAGAGGUCACGGUCACGUGACUGAGGCGCAAGUGAUGUGCGCUCCUCUUUUCGAUUGUCCCGAGAAAAAUCGUGUAAAAAAACCGGACGAAUGCUGUGCUACUUGCAACGCCACCGAAUCUCAAAAGAACUGCUUACCGGAAGAAAUAUCACUUGAGAAAACGGUUGGUUACAUCAUCCAUGAUUCCGUGAUGCACGGCAAGUGUGUCAACACUGAACCGGUUCAUGGUCUAACAGAAUGUGUAGGUCAUUGCCAAUCUAAAACGAUUCACGAGCCCAAUUCAAUUGAUCCAAUCAGCAAGUGCGAAUGUUGUCAGCCUGAAGAAACUAAAGAGUUGAAGACUACAUUAACCUGCUCCGACGGCAAGACUUGGGUUCAAGUUGUUCGUGUGCCAACUUCAUGUACUUGUAACCCGGCCUGCACAGGAUUGCUGCUCGACGACCAACAGCAAGCAACGGUCAAUCGGCCUAUCGUUCAAGCUGAAAACUUGGUGCUUGUCGAUCAGCAAGCAGAAAAUGUGUCCCAGACGCAGAAUGAAGACGAACAGCAAAAUUUGCAAUCACUCACGCAACUAGUUCAGAACCAACUACAGGAAAAAGACGAGGAUGAAUUGCAAAUUUUGCAACAACGACGUCAAGGACGUGGUGACGCAAUUGCACGGAGCGCCGGUGGUGGCCAAAAAUGAGGCGUGACCAAUGUUGUUAACAAACGGAUGAAGUUGUAAAAUGCCUCCGUAUUUUUAUUUUCUCUCUUUCGCUUUUAUGGCUUAAUGGGAUGCAUAGCAUAUUCGUACGGAAUGUCGAAGUAUUACUUCGUCCACUUUUGCUUUCUCUACCACUUUUGCAGUCGUUCCGUAAUUUUAUAAAACGGACAAGAAUCGCACUAAUUCAAUUGACAUGUCCACAUUAUGUUUCACAUCACUGCUAUUAUAACAUUUGAAUAAAUCAAGACUUGUGAUUUUA